UGGAACUCUUGCAUGAGAGGAUUUUUCCCAUUUUUGUAGCCUUGGAUAUAGAUUUUAUUUUACAUGCACCCGAAGUCCCAGCUGUCAGCUCACUGGAGACAUGGCGGGAGUGAUCCGGAGGCUCGACGAGACUGUUGUGAAUCGUAUCGCGGCGGGAGAAGUUAUCCAGCGUCCCGCGAACGCUGUCAAGGAGAUGAUUGAAAACUGUUUAGAUGCAAAGUCCACCAACAUCCAGGUGACUGUGAAAGAUGGGGGACUGAAGCUCCUGCAGAUUCAGGACAAUGGCACAGGCAUCAGGAAAGAAGAUAUGGAGAUUGUCUGCGAAAGGUUUACUACCAGCAAACUCCAGACGUUUGAGGACCUCUCAGGGAUUGCAACCUAUGGAUUCAGAGGAGAGGCUCUUGCCAGUAUAAGCCAUGUUGCCCAUGUGACCAUAACCACCAAGACCGCUGAUGCCAAGUGUGCUUACAGAGCCAACUACAGCGAUGGCAAACUGAAAGGGCCUCCAAAACCAUGUGCUGGGAACCAGGGGACACAGAUACUGGUGGAGGAUCUUUUCUAUAACGUCUCCACCAGGAGGAAAGCUUUAAAGAGCCCGAGUGAUGAAUACUCCAGGAUCGUUGAGGUGGUCAGCAGGUAUGCCAUUCACAAUUCAGGAAAAAGCUUCUCUGUUAAAAAGCAAGGAGAGACUGUAGCAGACGUGAGGACUCUGCCCAACGCGUCUGUGGUGGAUAACAUCCGGGGAGUUUUUGGCAACGCCGUCAGCAGGGAGCUGAUCGAGGUGGGCUGCGAGGAUCAGAAGCUGGCCUACAAGAUGAAAGGCUACAUCUCCAACGCAAACUACUCCGUCAAGAAAUGCAUCCUGAUCCUCUUCAUCAACCAUCGCCUGGUGGAGUCGAGCGCGUUGAAGAAGGCAGUGGAGACGGUCUACGCCGCGUACCUCCCUAAGAACACACACCCCUUCCUGUACCUCAGCUUAGAAAUCGCCCCGCAGAACGUAGACGUGAACGUUCACCCCACGAAGCACGAGGUGCACUUCUUACACGAGGACAGCGUCAUAGAGAGCGUCCAGAAGCACAUCGAGAGCAAACUGCUGGGCUCCAACUCCUCACGCACAUAUUUCACUCAGACGCUGCUUCCUGGACUGUCGGUCUCCGGCGGCUCUGAGGUCAAGACCUCCGGCGCCACGGCGGAGCCGAGCGAGCGAGUCUACGCUCAUCAGAUGGUGAGGACCGACUGCCGCGCACAGAAGCUGGACGCCUUCCUCCAGCCUAAAGAGAAGCCGCCGCCGCCGCCGCCGCCGCCGCCGCCGGAACCAGCCGGUCCCAGCAGCAGCAGGGAGAUGGAGACGGAGACCCGGACUGUGGAGGUGGACGACGCCGACGACAUGGAGAUGCUGGAGGCGCUGGCCGCGCAGGAAGAAGCGGCGCCCGAGGGCGGGGAGGACCUCAGCGCCGGCGCGCCCGACAUUCAGAGCAGGAAGCGACCCAGGAAAGAUCACACAGAGGAGCAGCAGCCGCUGGAGGAGGGGAAAGACGAAGACCUGACAGCCGCAGACGCAUCCAAACGACGAGUGAUCAAACUGACCAGCAUCAAAGAGCUGAGAGCCGAGAUAACGGAGAACACACACAAAGGUCUUCAGGAAAUGCUGCAGAACCACUCGUUCGUAGGUUGCGUUAACCCGCAGUGGACUCUGGUCCAACAUCACACCAAACUGUACCUUCUCAACACCAGCAAGCUCAGCCAGGAGCUUUUCUACCAAAUACUCAUCUACGACUUUGGGAACUUCGGUGUCCUCAGACUGUCUACCCCGGCUCCUCUCUACGACCUGGCCAUGCUGGCCCUGGACUCCGAGGAGAGCGGCUGGUCGGAGGACGACGGCCCGAAAGAAGGACUGGCUCAGUACAUCGUGGACUUCCUGAAAAAGAAAGCGGAAAUGCUGGAGGACUACUUCUCCAUAGAGAUCGACCAGGAGGGGAAUCUAACGGGCCUGCCGCUGCUCCUGGACAAGUACAGCCCGGUCAUGGAGGGUCUGCCCAUGUUCAUCCUGCGCCUGGCCACUGAGGUGAACUGGGACAACGAGAAGGACUGCUUCAGAGACUUCAGCAGAGAGUGCAGCUCGUUCUACUCCAUCAGGAAGCAGUACAUCCUGGACGCAGAGCCGGGAGAGGAGCAGGAUGCCGAGGUGAACUCCUGGCGGUGGAAAGUUGAGCACGUCAUCUUCAAAGCGUUCCGAACCCUCUUCAGUCCUCCGAAGAGCUUCAGCGAGGACGGCGCCGUGCUGCAGAUCGCCAACCUGCCCGACCUCUACAAGGUGUUCGAGAGGUGUUAAUGUGACUGAAUGCCAACGCCGCUCCCUUAGAUUUCAUGUGAGAGUUUUCUGUAAAUAAAUAUUUUGUAAAAAAAAUAAAUCAAGACUUGAGACCGGUGCUUUAUGAGUGGAAAAGUCCCGUUCUGAGUGGCCUACUUCCACAUGCCAAGGCUCCACAUGGUUUUCUAAAAGUAAAACUCUGGACAUGAAGCCAGGAAAAAGAAAAAUUGGGUCACGAGUCCCACGACGACACCCGAAAUGUGCCAACAUCAUGCGCUCAGCUUUAAUUACUCCUAUACUGUAUUCCCC